AUGAACUCAUUAUUCUUAUUUCUACUCGUUUCCUUGCUGAGCACAUUCGUUAUCCAGCAGAGUGCGUCAAGGUUUAAGGAGGACCAUGACAAUGUGAAGACGCUUAGUUACCCAACCUCCGCCAGGGAGAUUGUCAAGGAUCUCAUUGCUAACUGGAACUCGCCGCUUGUGUAUUUAAAGAAUCGAGGAUAUCUCAAGACGCCCCAAAUGGGCUUUGAAAUGAUGCUGGGCGAGAAGCAUACAGACGAGGUGAUGGCGUCGAAGGAUAACAAGAAGAUGCAACGAGUGGCACGAUCCAGUGAAGAAGCCACCAACGAUCUAAGCUACCUUUUUCGCACCCUCUUCUCAUCCAGCGACAAUAGCGUUUCGGAUAAAAUAAAAUCCAAACUUGGCGUGCCGUGGGACAUGAAUGCACUCAAAAAUUCAGUGCGCUCCGAGGCCCACAAAUUUUACGACAAUUUCUAUGAGAAACGUCAUCAGCAAGCAUUAAAUAGUAAGCAAGGAGAAGACAAUACCGAUAUAGAAAGGCAAGUGGCACAGCUUUACCCAUCGCUUGUAAUCACACCCAACAAAGAACAAGAAAAAUAUAUUGAGCCCAGCGAACAAGAUGUGCACAAGGAACCGAAAUUCCUCAAUGGCAUUGCCAAGCUCCUAACGAGUCGAGCCAAACCUCUUCCACUGCAAUUGAAAGAACAGAAAAAAACAGUCCAAGAGGACAAUCCAGCUACAUAA